UUACAUGACGUCACCGCGGGAUUCCCCUUUUGGCACACCACCGCGGCAAACAUUCGGUGAUUUCCCAUUAUUUUUCCCGACGUUUUCCUAGUUCGGACUAUGUUUCAAAGGCAUUUAGGCGUGCAGGUACAUUUAGAAAAAGUGUAAAUAAUAUAUUUUUGUUCAGAUUCGUAUAGCUUCAGAAUGAAACUGAAAGUUGGGUUUACUUGCGAGAACAAGGCAAAUAAGUUCUUUACCGUGAAGGAACAAAUAUCAUGGAGAGCUGAAAAGAAAGCUGUUUGUACCGAUCUAUUAAAUAGUGUUCCGCAGCCACUUUUGUCAUCUGUUCUAAGCAAAGGGGGCAUUUCUACUGCCAUAUGCCAAGCCCUACUGAUCAUCAAGCCUUCGAUUAAGGUAACAAACUUUCAGAGUGACAACGGUGACGUUGUUUGUGACGUCACUGAUGACGAGUCUUUCCGUAAUGACGUCAUUCAAGGAAAAACAGCAAAAACGCUGCAAUUACAGUUAAGAUCAUUUCGAAGAGUUUAUCGGGAUAAAGUAUUCAAACAAUUGACACGGAUCACAGUCAAAUGCACCAUUGAAAGGUCGGUUACCAGCAAGUUCUCUCAAUCCUCUUGGAAUGAUGAAAUUUAUGAAAAUAGAAAGAAAGAACGAAACACCACCAAACAGGAAAAAGUGGAAGAUGAUCCAAUUCGAACCAGCAAAGCUCCACCCAAGCCGACCAAGCAAUCCCAUAACAGCAGAGACAAACCAGCACCUUCAUCUGAAACGUCACCUCCUUCUAGAGAAAAGGUUCCACCACCAAAACCUCAUUCUUCCAAGUCAAAGACACCACCGAAGAGUGGGAAAAGACCCGAAGACUUGUUUGACCUUUUUUCGCAAUUCAGCGAUAUGCUUGGACAAACCAAGGAAGACGACAAGGGCGAUUUUUGGAAGAGGAAAAAGUACACCGAAGCUCUGCCUCAGCUUAUGAAAGAAUUAGAAGAUACCAGCAAAGAUUUAAAAGAUCGAGGUGUUCUUCAUUUAAAGAUUGGACUUUGUUUGACCCAAGUUGGACGAGCAAGAGAAAGCGGAAAUUACAUCUCUGACGGGUUGGCAAUGAUUAAACGGGAAGAUACUGAUCCGGGAAGAUGCGAGGAGCUUGGUAAUGCAAUAAAAGAUGUGGCGGAGCGAUUUAGCGAUUGUGGUCAAGUGAGAAAGGCUAUUAUAAUUAUAAAACUUGCUGCUUCAAUGUAUAAAAAAGUAGAAGAAUUGCGGCAUGCCUACAAUGGUUUAAUGGAAUGUAAUUGUCUAUUGAUUGGAAUGAAAGGUGCGGAUAAAAGUAUAAUAAUAAAACUAGCUGAAGAAAUACAUCAAACCAUUUUUAAACUUGGUGAAAAUAAGAAAAAUCCUUCAACCGUGAUGGUUCGUUGCACAAGUUGCUUCAACAUGGCGACGCUGUAUUUUGGAGACCGCGCGAAAGAAGUUGAAAUGUACAGAAAGGCCAUCGAAAUGUACGAAGAGGAAUCCGGUUCAGAUGCAAAGUUUUUCAGUUUAUAUGGAAUGUGUCUCAAUCGGCUUGGGUACUUACUUCAGAUGGAAGGAAAAGUAUUUGAAGCCGAAGAAGUUCUCACCAACUCACUACUGAGCAUGAAGUUGGCUAAUGAUUGGAAGAACGAAGCUAAUAGGCAAAAGUUAAUUGAUACGACCGAAAGAACAUUAGAGAAACUAAGAUUUGAACUUAGUACGAUAUGAACAACAGACAUACCCACCAAAGCUAAUAUUAUUAACCGUCUACCGCAAUAUACGCUUGUAUAUCAUUCACAGAUAACAACAUGCUGUAUAUUUCUAAUUUAAAUGUGAAUUCAUUUAGUGAUAAUAUACAGUAGGGGGAGACGGGACACCUUAGCGCAUAUUAUGUAUAUAUCCUGAUCGUGUUUUAAACAAUUAACUACGGUAAUAUGGGAGUCGUGAGGACGCUAUUUUAUAAUUCUUUGAAUGUUGUUUGUUUACUACCAAAUGGGACGGGAAAAUAGAAUGAAAAGCAGUCCCAUUUUCCCCCAACCUUCUUUAUCAUUUUAAAAGUACGUAAUUAUAUUGCAAAAUAAACAGUACAUUGUAUACUA